GACUGCAUAUCGCAAAUGAAAUGAGUCAGUCGUGUAGUCGCUGUGUUAGGAUUACUUUGCCCGUCUAUUCUAUGCGUUAUUCGCUUUGCGUGUAGUGACAAAACAGAUGUAGUGACACCGACUCGAAAACAAAAAACGAACGAAACCACGAUGACACCUCAAUGCACACCAAUCUGCCACUACACGAAAAAACCUCUUUUAUCUCAAAAUAAUCACGUGACUAUGCUCAACUCCAGCAAAUCGAACAAAAAAAAGUUGAAAUGUGAUAAGGAAAAAAACAGGAUCAAGUGCGUGAUAGUGGGGGACCAAGCUGUUGGAAAAACUUCUUUGGCAGUUUCCUACAGUAAUGACAGUUUUCCUAGUGAAUAUAAACCGACUGCUUAUGAUAACUAUAACGUUGACGUUCUGGUGGAUGGAAAGCCAACCAGGGUAGAGCUCUGUGAUACAGCUGGAGAGGAUGAACUCGAUCCCCUUCGGCACCUCUGCUACCCUGGCACAGACGUAUUCAUGCUGUGCUUCUCCAUCGUCAAGCCCAAUUCGUUUUUCUCAGCGUGCAGCAGGUGGGCCGAGGAACUGAACCGACUAGGAGCUGCUGUAGUAUUAGUAGGAACUCAAGCGGAUCUCACGAGCAACAAAGAAGUCAUCAACGAGUUGAGGAAAGUUGGCCAGAGACCCGUGCUGUCUUCAGAGGCGAAAGGAUUGGCGGAAAGGCUCAACGCGCCUUAUAUCGAAACCUCGGCUAAAGCCUGCACUCACCUCAAAGAGGCUUUCGACAUGGCCAUUGUGAUAGCUUUAAAGAGACAAAAGAAGCCUAGGCAGGUGUGGAAGAAGUUCAUGUGCUGUGUCCGAGGAAUGGAUUAACACUACUUGGUAGACUCAUUAGUGCGUUUAUAUUUGUCACAAAUGGGUCACUGGGUUGUUUUCUUUUUCUGGCCAAUUAGCCACGUCGGGCAGUUAUUCUGUGAUAUAUUUUCAUUUUCAAUGCCCUGUAACUAGUUUAUAAGUUUUAGAAUGUCUCAAUAUAAUGUAUGCAUUAAGUCUAGUAUGUAAGUAAUUUCAUGAUACAAUAUGAUAUAACAGAUUUUUCAGUUACUAGGGAGUCUAUGAAUCAACUAGAUGAAGCAAAUUUUCACUACAUAUCACACGUGUUUGGCAAUUGAAUGUCUGGAAUGCCAGACUUAGAUAUACUAUAAUUGAAUUUCUGGAUUGACCAGCGUUUAUUUAUUUCAAUCAUUUCGAUUCUGUUGAAAUAUGUAUAUGCAUUUCUAGUUUCAAAUAUUGUUUGACAGUAUAUUUUCUUUUUCUUUAUUGUACAAAAGUGAAUUUGUUUUCAAUUAUAAUAGUCAACAAAAACCCAAUUGUGGAUAAUGAAAUAAGGGUCCCUAUGAACAAAUUCAAUUUUGUAUUAAUGCGUUUUUGUUGAAACAGUCCGUAUUUCACUUGGUGAAUGAGUUUUUUAAAUGUUGUAUACAGAAAUAUCUGCUCUUUUUAAAAGCUGUCAAAGAUAAUAACAAAUUUUUCAGAAAUUAGAUAUCAGCGCAGAAUUUGAAAACUACAGAAUUUUUAGUAUCUCUUAAUUCUUUCAUGGGCCUAAUUUUGUUUUCAUAGCUCCCUAAAAUCUGAAAAAAUAACUUCUGAAGUAAGAAUUAAUUAAAAUAUCAUCUAUUUCUUUAGGAUAAAUCAAUGCAGAACUCAGCACUUUUCUAUAACUGAUUCCAGAUUGAAAAUAGUGUUUUCAAAAACUUUGCAGUCGUCACUGAACAUAUUUUUCAAUAACUUACAAAAAUGUUCCAUAUUAUGGGAAUCAGUGAGUAUUUUUUCAAUAUUGGUAAAUGUGUCUAUUUUUGAUUGUAUUUUUAUUGGGAUUCUCACAACUGCGAAACUUUUUCCUGAAACCACAUUCGUUUCAAGCUCUGUCGAGUAAAAUCAGAAAGCGGAAAAUUUGUUGAAAUUCAUAUUUAACCAACUAAUUACCUGAAAUGACGCAAGUGUGACAAAUAUGUUUAUCUAACGAUUAAGAUGCAAUAGAACAAGUCAAUACAUUUGUGUCGUUGUGUCAGCGUUCUCGAUUCUGGGGAUUCUUAACACAUCUAAAGGAGAGUUAAAAACGUUCCACUUGCAUGGAGAUACAAUUGAAUGGAUGUUGUGGUUGCAGAAAAAAUUAAAGUAUUUCGAUUUGAAAUCUGUCAAUCAACUUUAACUGAACUUAUUAUUUCAGAGUAACAAGCUAAAAGGGGGCAAAUCUGUCAGAUUUAACUUUCACAGAAAUGUUCUUAGAGAAAUGAGGCUUAUAAAGAGCAUUUCAAGAACGUCAUCUUUCAAAAUGUAUUCAUCCACAAAUAAAUACAAGUUGGAUCCCUUUAGUACCUCUAUUUGUAAACCUUGAAUUGAAUUUUUUGAAAAAUAUUGAAUUGUCUCGGAAUUAUCCUAUAAUUGAACCUGCAUAUUUUAUCAAUUUAGGUUUUUCAAUAUAUGUAAUAACUCACCUUUGUACCUCUACAGUUAAGUUGUAAAUUUAAACCAUCCAUUAGAAAGUCCUUGAUUUAUAAUAUAGCCCUAAAAUACUAUGACACCAGGUGAAAUUUACGACUGAACUUCCAAUUUGAAAUUGAAAGGGACCAUCGAUUCAUCAAAUCUCAUGGUUUUUGUCUCUCUUUUUGUAUUGCAUGUAUUGAAAUGUGAUUAAAUGUCAUACAAUUUUAAAGUUUGUAAUGUAACAAAAUUCUUCCAUUUUGUGAUAUGUUGGGUAGUGAUGUGUAGGCAAUAUUCGACUCAAUACUUUAAUUUUUAAUGUAUUAUUUGUUGUAAGGAAUUAAUAAAAAUGGAAAAAAUCAAA